UUUCGAGGCGACCGCGAAUGCGUUUGGAUCGUGCGAUGCCGUCUCGCGGCGGCAAGUGUGCGCGUGUCAGCAAAGUGGCCACCAAGGGGCGCCAAGUGCGCGCUCAGCACGUCGCUUUGGGUUUUCUAGAAACCGAGGGAACAACUAUGGCAAUGGCGACGUCGACAACAACAUUGACGGAGGUGACCACAACAAUGACGAUGACAACGGCAACAUUGACGGCGACAACGUCGACGGUGACGUCAAGCGGAAUGGUAGUCGCGACAACGAGAAUGGACAAGCCCGCGGUAACAACGGCGUGCAACGAGGGUCGAUCGCAGUGGACCGGGCGCAUGCGCCAGUCCCUGGAGAGCAGCUCCGAGCCAGCCCGUGAAAAUUGUACCCCCUCGGUGCAUCGUUAUCCGGAAAGGCAACGACGACGGGAGAGACACGCCGCGGGGAGGAAGCAUCGAUCAGCGAGAGAUACCGAGAAAGCCACCGCUAGCACCUCAUGCUCCUCGACAUCGUUGUCGUCGCCGCCGGCGCUUUCCUCGCCGUCUUCUUGCGCGUCCUCGCGCCGUUCGAGCUCCCCACCGUCAAGCACCUCGUCACCAGCGCGCUCCUCCACCUCGUCGGUCACGAGCGAUCCGCUAGUGAUCAAGCCAGCGGUUAGAAACGAACAGCAAAGAAGCACUCCCGAUCACAGCGACGACGGGAUUGGGAAGCGGAGGCAAAACGCUGCAGAGACAAGACGAGACAAUGGUGAGACGACUCAUGGAACGACGGAGACGACGACGUCGGUAUCGACCUCCUCUUCGACCACUGUGUCUUCCUCGUCGCCAUUCCCCUCCCCCGUGUCCACGUCCUCCACGUCUUGCCGGACGGCAACGACGCCGCGCAGCCACGGUGGCGAUCAUGGUGUUGCGCACGUCUCGUCCUCUUCGUCCGCGCUUGAAAGACUGAGAAGUGCCCUGGAGAAUUACGACCGUAGUCGAAUCUACCUCGCCCACGUUUGCUACUUGGAUUGGCGGGAUCUGCCGGGUAAACGGCGUGGCGGCACCGUCGGAGGUCACGACGCGACGCGGAGCAGCGAGCGGGUGUGGGUGGUGGGGGCGGCGGAUCACGAGGGCCACCAUCGGACACGAUUGUUGGUUGCCGGCCGCCACUGGCGACCACGUUGUCUACGCAAGGUCAACAUGCUGAGCCAACCAGUGGUAUACGCCGGCGGUGGCAGGGGUUCCUUAACUUCCGAUCUAUUCCUAUGGUGGUUCCAUCGUGAAUUUGCUGUCACAGCGAUGGCGAUGCAUCCUGAUGGAGCCGUGCUGGUAGCCGAAAGUGCCGAUUACUUGCCACCAGAAGGUGACUGCGUCGCCGCGGACGGUCUUGUACGGCUGUUUGUUGUACCCAAGGAUUGCAUGGAAACGCGAUUGGUGGUCCGAGAAUUGCGAGUGCGUCUGGCUACCGGUAUAUUAUCGAGAGCACGCUGUGGCAUUUACUGCGAUAAAUUUCCCUCGAUUUUGGGCUUGCCCGAGGAAGAAGGUGAUCACCGAUUGGACGCAUAUUUAAAAAAAUUUACACUAAAGGAAGCAUUCGCGGAUCUUCAUCGCGCAUGGCUCAGUGUUCGAUCGGAUACAUUCGCUCGCAGCUGGACGUUACCACGCGAUCGUGAGGACCAUCCGCUGGCGGGAUGCAAUGGCGCCAUAUUGCCGCCUAGAAUCCACCCGAUGGAUCAAGAGGAGGAUAGAAUGCUACUUGUCGAACUGCAGAGUCUCGCCAGGGAGAUCGGACUGGAGGUCACCGAUGACGAACUCGGCAGUUGGAUUCUUGACGAAGAGAGUGCCCUGGCGCGUCUUGUUAAAAAAAAAGAACCGGACGAGGAACAACAUUGCCGAGUCAAAAUCGAGGUAGAGACGGAUAGAUGGUCGGAGCGCAAUGGAGACGAGGAAGAAGAUGGGAAUGACGGCAUUGAAGAAGAUUACGGCGAGGAUGAGCCUACCGCUGAGGAGGCUGUUGGACUUCUUUCAAGAGUACUACUUUGGAUGGAAAGAGAACCUCUCGAUCCAGGACUUCUACUGGCGGUCAGAUCGAUGCGCGAUACCGCCACACUUAUGGCGAGCAAGAUGGGCCUGGCGGGGACGCAUCCAAGCGGGUUACCCUUUUUCUGUCCGAAUGGAGACCACCUGACGCAACCACCUCCCGCCCAUAUGGGUAUACCGCCCUACGGCGCAUUGGACGCGGGUAAGGCGGCCGCCGCGGCUGGUCUCACGAGAGCACCAAUGUACCCCUUCUCAACGGGCCAGUACCCAUACCCCAUGCUUAGUCCAGAAAUGACGCAAGUUGCGUCCUGGCACACACCGAGCAUGUAUCCCAUCUCGCCGGCAAAUGCGGGUUUCCGAAGUCCAUAUCCCACGAUACCCAUUACAAGUUCUAGUUUACCAAGUGAUCUCUACCGGUUUUCACCGACGGGCCUUAUGCCUCCGCAUCCUGGUCUGAGUCCACACGCACACGCGCUAGCGUCGCAUGCGUUGGUAUCAGCGCCGAAGGCGGAUCACUCCACCCUGGAUCACAAUCACAGGUCAACGAUAGAACAGAAAAACUCCACAUCGUUACCUACGGACAAUGCGAAAGCUCAGGACACGGGACAACAAAACAAUCAAGAUAAAAAGAAACCCCAUAUAAAAAAGCCUUUGAAUGCGUUUAUGCUGUAUAUGAAGGAAAUGAGGGCGAAGGUUGUGGCAGAGUGUACCUUAAAAGAGAGUGCCGCGAUCAACCAAAUAUUGGGAAGACGAUGGCACUCGCUAAGCCGGGAGGAGCAGGCGCGGUAUUAUGAGGCGGCCAGGCAGGAGCGCCAUCUGCAUCAACAACGAUACCCCGGCUGGAGUGCUAGGGAUAACUACGGAUAUGGCAGCAAGAAGAAGAAGAGGAAGAAAGAGCGAUCCGCAGAUCCCACCGGAGGUAAUAACAUGAAGAAAUGCCGUGCCAGGUACGGAUUAGAUCAACAAAGCCAAUGGUGCAAACCCUGCAGACGUAAGAAGAAAUGUAUCAGAUACAUGGGGGAGGGAGGAGACGGCGACGGUGAAGCUGACGGUGAAGCUGAGGAUGAUCAUUCAGAGGAUAAUCUGGGUAGCGUAGGAGAGGCGGGGACUCCUGAGGAGGACGAAUCUUUGAGUAGUCCCGGGGGCCUAUCCGCGUUGUCUAGUCUGGCGAGUCCUUCGUUGGUCUUACCAUCGCCCUCAAGUCUGGCCAGUCCAUGCCCGUGUCCGUGCCCGUUGACGCCCCCGGUGCCGCCUCCGCCUCUGUCAAACACGAACCAGCCGGCGGCGGUGGCAACAACGACGACGACGGCAGUGCAACAACAGCAACCGCAACCACUUCCGCAGCCUCACCGCAACCCCGUCGGCACGAAUCCUCACGACAUUAACAAUCCGCUCAGCGUGAACCAGCUGACCGGACAGUGUAUAAAAAGCGAGCCCGCACCUUCGGGCCCUUCCAACCCGGCAAUCAGUGUUACGUAGCCCCGGCCGGACCCACGUGACCGAACUGUUGCUACACGCGGUGUCAUCUAUAGGGUCCGUCUACGUAUGCACGCGAUAAGAAGGCUGGAUAAUGAAGAACCGACUGAGAUGAUGAUAAAAACAAAGAGAAGAACUUGGCGAAUGAGAAACCAAAUAAGAAUUGCUUUCGUCGUUUAACGCUUCUCUCAGUUCCGAUCUGAUUUGGGGGGGGAUUUGAUAGAGAUCAAGGAGACUAUAGUAUUUUCGAGAUGCCUGAAGGUAAUUCGAGUGGUUACUUAGUCGAGUUAGACGCAGUCUACAAUCGAAGCGGUACCGUUGAUGAUUCGGAUUCGAACAUGCGAAAUCAUUGUGCGAAUCUUCCAUCGCCAUUAUGGAUUGAUAACGUCGCCUUCGAUUAUUUUCUCCUGGCCUCAUUCUUAUCCAUUUGCCGAAAUAGAGAUCAUUCAAAGUCGGGAAUAAUGAUCAAGACGUUAUUAUACGUGUUAACGAAAGAACAGAAAUAAAUACUAUGUGCAGAAAUACUCAGGACCAAGUAAUUUGGUUGUAGUCACCCGCUCAGCAAAAAGACAAAUGUAAGCGAGAUGUAAGCGUGAGAGAAUAUAUGUGCAUGUAUGCUUGCGAAGCUGGGGAAGAGCAAGGUGCACGUCUGAUAAUAAUGCGACAGAGAAAGCAAGCUCAUUGAAAGUGCGCGUGACGCAGCUUGUAGUCCUUGUUACGUUGUGAUGCCAAUGACUGAGAGUCAUGUUCCUGUGCCAGCUACUAUACUCUAGGGAAGUAAUUAUAUCGCGGACAAAUAGCUAAAAGCAUAAAGCGGAGAAGCCGCAAGAAAAAAAAACGAAGCGGCGCACUCGCGCGUGAGAUGCGUUUUAUUAUCAUUUGUUUAUUCGACCUCACCUCACACAUCAAGUGUGUGUCAAGAUAUCUAACUUCUAUGUAUAUGCAAUUUGUUAUUUUUUUAAAAGUCUAUACACACAGUGCGGUUGAUUAGCAUGUAAGAUUCUUUUUAUCGACUCCCCAUUCACUUUCUACUCGAAUAUUUUUUUCUUUCUCCUUUCUCUUUUUCUUCCCUUAUAUCUCAUUUUUUAUAAUGUUACAUUGAUAAAUGGCGCUAUAUGAUCGAUAAGGUUCUAAAGAUAACGUGUUUCUGUAAAACUUGUCAAGCAAACCUUUCCAUUUGUUCCACGGAAUAUAACACGCUGUUAACUACGUAGUUAUUAAGUAUGAAUACGUAUAUUGAUAUAACUGCGUAUUAAUACUAAUAAUACGUAUUAUUAAACUUCAUGUUUUUAUUAUCACUGUUGCAAUCGACUUAACAUCGCUCAAUGUUUUCAUCUUUUGAUUCUUUUCUCAAAUUUGAUAAUAAUUUUAGAUUCGCAUGAUUUGUAUU